ACCAGAGUAUCGUGGCAAUGAUGUGGGAAGCAACUCUAUUUUUAUCUAUCGUAUUAUGCUUUUAACAAACCACCUGUAGAGUGGAAGAGGGAAGUUUACAACAUAACUGGAAGCUUGCUGGUUCAGUACUUAAUUGAGAAUGUGAUAAUUUCAAUUAGAAUUGUCGUCUAAUCAAAAGUCCUGUGUACUUUUGAUUCAGAGAUUUUUAUGAAAUAGUUGUCUACAUGUACAAGAAAAAGUUUAAUCUCAUUGUUGGUAAAUUAAAAUUAUAUAGUAUAAUGAUUGAAGAAGAUUCAUGUAAUAUAUACACCAAGAAAUUUGAGAUUUUAUUAAAUUGAAAAACAGAGUGGAAAAUUGAAACUGUGACACUGCAAUCCCUUUAAUAGAGAAUGGCGAUGAAUUUAAAAGAGAUAAGAUAUUAUAGCAUGUUUAUUCGAUGAUCCUUUCACUUGUAUAUCAGCUUGGGAAUUCAACAUUUUUUUCAUUUGAGUGGGAACAUCACUCAAGGUUGUCCUUCGUGUUUUUCUCGUACGACUCGUAUCUGCGAUUUAUGUCUGCAAGCCGAUUUACAUAAUAGCAUCAUCCAGUAAUCAUGGACAAAUCUGAAAAAAAAAUUAAGAAUUUUGAAAUCAUUAUAAAAAACCUUAUAGCUGGCGGUGUAGCUGGCAUGUGCUCAAAAACAGCUGUAGCACCUUUAGACAGAAUAAAAAUUUUAUUGCAAGCUCAACACGAAUAUUAUAAACAUUUAGGUGUUUUCUCAGGAUUAAAAGAAGUUGUUCAACGUGAAAAUUUUUUUGCUUUAUAUAAAGGCAACCUUGUACAAAUGAUUAGAGCUGUGCCUUACGCAGCAAUACAAUUUACAGCAUUUGAACAGUAUAAAAAGCGUUUAGGAAAAUUACUCCAACAAGGUUCGCAUAUAGAUGGGUUCUUAGCUGGAGCUGCCGGAGGUGUCACAGCAGCUGCAAUUACGUAUCCACUUGACACCAUCAGAGCACGAUUAGCCUUUCAAGUUACUAGUAAUACACUUUAUUCUGGAAUUAAACAUGCUGCUGUUAGAAUGUUUAAAGAGGAAGGUGGCCUACAAGCCUUAUAUAGAGGAUUCUGGCCAAAUAUGUUGGGCAUGAUACCUUACGCAGGAUUUUCUUUCUAUACAUUUGAGAAAUUAAAAUAUUUAUGUUUGAAAUACGUGCCACAUUACUUUUGUUCUGAACAAAAAACAACUGGUAAUCUUAUAUUAAAUAUACCAGCAAAACUUUUAUGUGGAGGCGCAGCCGGUGCUGUAGCGCAUACUUUCUCUUAUCCAUUGGAUGUUACAAAGAGACGUAUGCAAUUGGCAAUGAUGAAUCCAACUACACAUAAAUAUGCGUCUGGAAUGUUGUCUACUCUUAAGAUGAUAUAUAUUGAGAAUGGCAUUGUAAAAGGCUUAUAUCGUGGAAUGAGUAUUAAUUUCUUACGAGCAAUUCCUUUCAUGGCAGUUGGCUUUGCAAUGUAUGAAGUGACGAAGCAGAUGCUCGAUUUAGAUACAGGAGUAAGAUUGUAAUUAUAUACAUAUUACAUAAAAUAAAUGCCUAGUUUUUAUACAUU